UGUUUUCCUGUUGUUAAGUCGUCCAUCCAGCACCAUGGGAAAGAAGAGCCGGGUGAAGACUCAGAAGUCUGGCUCUGGAGCCAACACUGUCAUUUCCCCAAAGGAGAUGAUGAACCUCAUCUCUGAACUUCUCCAGAAAUGCAGCAGUGCAGCACCCUCUGCUGGUAAAGAGUGGGAUGAGUACAUCCAGAUCAGAAGUUUGGUGGAGAAGAUCAGAAAGAAACAAAAGGGUUUGUCAACGGUGUUCGAAGGCAACAGGGAGGAUUACUUCCCCGAUUUGAUGUCCUGGGCUCAGGAGAACGGGGCAUCCUGUGACGGUUUUGCCGUGGCCAACUUUGGUACAGAGGGCUAUGGUCUGCAAGCUACCAGAGACAUCAAGGCAGAGGAGCUGUUCCUGUGGAUUCCAAGGAAGAUGCUAAUGACUGUAGAGUCAGUCCAGAAUUCUCUGCUUGGUCCUCUGUAUGGUCAGGACCGGAUCAUGCAGGCUAUGGGGAACGUGACGCUGGCGCUGCACUUGCUGUGCGAGCGGGCCAACCCGUCUUCUUUCUGGCUGCCAUACAUCCGCAGUCUGCCCCAGGAGUACGACACGCCGCUGUACUACCAGCAGGAUGAUGUGCAGCUGCUGCUGGGUACGCAGGCGGUGCAGGAUGUCCUGAGCCAGUACAAGAACACUGCACGGCAGUAUGCUUACUUCUACAAACUAUUGCAGACUCAUCCAGCUGCUAGCAAGCUGCCCCUGAAGGACAGCUUCACGUUUGACGACUACAGGUGGGCGGUAUCGUCAGUGAUGACGCGCCAGAACCAGAUCCCCACUGAGGAUGGAGGCCAGGUCACCCUGGCUCUCAUUCCCCUGUGGGACAUGUGUAACCAUACAAAUGGACUGAUAACUACAGGCUACAACUUGGAGGAUGAUCGCUGUGAAUGUGUGGCUCUGCAAGACUACAAGGAGAACGAACAGAUUUAUAUCUUCUACGGGACGCGGUCCAAUGCAGAGUUUGUCAUCCACAACGGCUUCUUCUUUCAAGACAAUGCUCACGACAGAGUGAAGAUCAAGCUUGGCGUCAGUAAGAGUGAGCGUCUCUACGCCAUGAAGGCCGAGGUCUUGGCACGGGCCGGAAUCCCGUCCUCCUGCGUCUUUGCGCUGCACUGUAACGAGCCCCCGAUAUCUGCUCAGCUUCUGGCCUUCCUAAGAGUCUUCUGUAUGACAGAAGAGGAACUAAAGGACUACCUGCUCGGAGAUAGAGCUAUCAACAAGAUCUUCACUCUGGGGAACAGCGAGUUCCCCGUCAGCUGGGAGAAUGAGAUCAAACUGUGGACUUUCCUGGAGAACCGAGCUUCUCUGCUGCUGAAAACCUACAAGACCACAUCAGAGGAUGAUCGGUCUUUUUUGGAGAAACCGGAUCUCUCCCUUCACUCCCGUUUGGCGGUGCAGCUCCGCCUGGCUGAGAAGCAGAUCCUGGAAAAAGUGUCAGCCAGCGGUCGGGAGAAACGACUUCACUUCCAGAAAAAGCUGGAGGAAGGUGCUCCGCUGCCACACUUCGAGGAGAGUGACAUUGCUUUGCUGGAAAACAGCGACACGGAUGCAAAGCUUCCCAUUAUCCUGCGCAAGUUAGAGGAGGUAGAGGAAAGAGAUGGGCUGCAGGUGGAGGAGGAGCCCCUGCUGAAUGGGGAGAAGGUGGGUUAUGGAACGGUGGAGAGUCAGGAGGUCAGCAAAGACAAGACGGAAGACGAGUCUGAACUGAGUGCCAAUCGAACUGAAGAUAUCCCCAAAGAGAACAGUGAAUAACUGACCCCCCUCACUGCCACAGCUCAAGCUAUUUAUUUAUUUUCUGUCUCUAAAUGAGUCAAAAAUGUAGAAGCUGUAAAAUAUGAACCGUAUGUUCAUCCAGCGUGGCUUCCUGCUGAACUCUCUCAGCCUUGUUUCAGGAGAGGUUCAGUUUAAAAUAGGCUUCUGGUGAUGUUUGAAACAAGAAAACAGUCGAAGGCCUGCAGCCGAGGAGAAGCUGAAAACCACACCGUGGAUUUCAGUGGUUUGUUCUCUUAUCUUGAUGUUAUUUUUCCUGGAUCAAGAAUCUCUCCUGUUAGGUGAAUUACCUGCUUUAUCCCGGCAGUGCGUCUCCAUGUAUAUUCUCUGUUGACAAUCAUUGAUUGGCUGUUUGUGAAUGACACCAUCCCUGCCCUGUCUGGUUUUCUUCUGACUAAAAUGAAAGAUUUUCUUUAUUUUGAAACAUAUCUGUGUGAAUGUAUUGAGUUGCAGCGGUGAUCCAGCAGGAAUGAUCACUGCGUGUUUUCUUCAUAAAGCCAUAAACAGCAGAUGAUUUGGUGAGAAACAAGAAUGUCUUCUUUUGUUUUUCCUCAUUGGACUUUUGCUUUUUUUCUUAGAUUUUCUUUGAAAUGGUUAAACAGUAGGAAACUGUUCUGUUUCUCCUCUGCUUUGUGUUCAUUGUUGAAGUGAGUCUGACAAUCCCCCUGUGAAAAGACCCGACCUGAAGGAAAAGGUAAAGAGACUGCAGCGGUUUGUCAUGUCCUAACAAAAUGUGGACACAGCUGGGUCUGUAUGACAUGCUUCAAUAUUAAAGAGCAUAAAUGCCAAAGAUGCA